AUGAUGUGCAGUGGCAAGAGUCUGCUCGUGGCCGCGUUGACGGCGGUGCUGCUGCUCCACCUUGGCAGCAGGGCAGAAGCAAGCAACUUUGACUGUUGUCUACAAUACAGAGAUGGCCUCAUUCCUCUCAGACACAUCGUGGGCUUCACGCAGCAACUGGCCAAUGAAGCUUGUGAUAUUGAUGCUAUCAUCUUUCACACAAGGAAGAGAUUUGCCAUAUGUGCAGACCCCAAGAAGAUGUGGGUGAAACAAACUGUGCAACUCUUAAGUAAGCGAGUCAGAAAGAUGUGA